AUGCUCUCCUACUUGAGGGGUCUCGGCAUGAACCCCGUAUUGAAAUUCCCGUUUGCGACGACAGAUCUUGUAAUACAGAUUCACACUUAUACAAGUCAGUCGACAGCCAAACAAAGUGACCGUACAACUGCCAUACUAUUGACGGCACCAGGAAUACAAUUUCGCCUGGCAGCUGAGCCCCAUCAUUUCCCCCCCAGUAUCAUUUGGCAUUUCUCAAGGCCUCCCUGGCGCGUCAGACCUUCCCAAUUGGAGGGAGUGAUUUAUGAUUCAAUGGUUGCUGAGGCAAUUUCUAAUCACUCUGAUGUCUGUGACAAUCCGGCAUGGCACCCGGAUCAUGAAACCUAUGAUGCUUUUAGUCUUGGGGAUUCUUCAGAGGAUGACGGGGUCAAGCGUUCAGCAACGGAAAAGAAAUUAGAUACCAUCUCCAAAGUCAUCCGACAAAGAUUGUCCCAAGGUCAUCAGCCACCUAUGGACUACAGCUGCCACAGGGCUGACGGUUUUGUGAUUGAGAUCACCUUGCGCCAGCUUCUAACAGAAGAGCAGCUUUACAUUAACUCCUGGGUACACGGAUUGUACACUAUCAUGUCACCCAGAGAUGACUGGACUUGCAUGCGUAUUGAGGAAGAGGGAGAUGUAGCUGUGCUGUCCCAGAGCCCCUACGGGUCCCCUGCAAUGAGGUCCCUCCACAAAUAUCUGUUAGAGACAGUGGAGGUGCUAAGGAUAUUUAUUUUCUCUCCAAAUUUGUCGAUACAAACUGAACUGCAAGGUAGUGAGGACAAAGGUGAACCAAUGUCCAUCACAUGGUCUAUCCACCAUGCCCAGAAGGAUAGUAUCUACACUCUUGACCAUACUCUGUUGAGCAUGCUAAGUGAUUACUGCAAGAACUCCUCCAAAGCCAGUGAGCAUAUUUAUGGUGAUUUGCCAAAAACACUUCUUGCGGUGAUUCUUGAAGCCUCGGACAAUGCCUUGAAGGCUCUGGAGGGGUGGGACAGAGCCGCCUAUGUCCUUCCUUCGGUUCCAGGCAGUGUGAUCAGUUCUCUGCGGUCCGCUGCUCCAGCAGAGAUCCUUGAGAUUUUGACGGCUACACCCGUGUCUGACUAUCUGAAUCAAGUUGAUUGA